AUGACUUCGGUAUUCGGGCCCAUCGCUGAGGAACACCAAGAAAAGUUCGAUCUCGGCAUCUGGCACGCGCUCUUCAACUGGGCCAACCUUACCAUCGCCGUACAAAACCAAUGGGGCGGUCCUGAUUCUUCAGAAAAGCGCGACUGGCUUGCAGGCCAGAUUUCGGAACGUUUUGCAGCAGAACCUCUGACCGAUGCGGAAGAUGUGGAAAUCAUGCUUCUGCAGGUCCUCGAGGACGAAUUUGGUGUGCGAGUAGAAGAUGACACUGAAGUCGCAGUCGCGCGUGAAAUUAUGACCAUACGCAAAGAGAUUGGCGAGGGCAGUACCGCAACGGUGGAUGCGCUGCAGAAGAAGUGGGAGGCGAGAAAAGGAAAAGAGGUUGCGACUGGCAGUGUAAACGUCAAGGAGACCAACCAAGAGGGCGAGUGGGAUAGUGUGGAUGAGGAAAGUGACGAAGACGACGACGACACCGAGAUGACGGAUGCACCUGCGCUCGUGCCCGCAAAGCCAAAGACCAAGCCAGAGCCAGAGGUUGACGAGGAUGGGUUCACAACAGUUGUUGGCAAGAAGAAGAGGUGA